CUGGACUUUAAUCAGCAUUUGUUUGUUUGUCCUCUGUAUGUAUACACUCGACCUUUGCUUCUUUAAUAAAAGAUCUAUACUUGCUCAAUUCUCUCUCUCUGCCUCGAGCAAAAUCCAAAUUGUGACUAGUGAUCCCUUCUUUUCUGGGUCUCCACUUGUUGAACUUCCCGGCGAGUUUUGGCCGGAGAAUGGCAUAUAUGUGUGCAGACAGUGGAAAUCUAAUGGCAAUAGCCCAGCAAGUGAUUAAGCAAAAGCAACAGCAAGAGCAACAACAACAACACCACCACCACCACCACAGCAACAGCAGCAACCAGCAGCAGCAACAAUUAUUAGGCAGUCUCACUUCUUUCCCUCUUAGUCCUUGGCCAGCUACAAUGUCUACUAAUCCCAAUCUGGGUUAUAGUGGACUCACUUCUGGUGCUGCUUUCCCUGACCCUUUUCAAGUUCCCGGUGGCGGAGACACAGGGGAGCCCGGAUUUCAGUUCCCGCAGAUUGAUCACCACUCGAUUGGAUUCAGAUUCUCUGAGUUCGACUCGGACGAGUGGAUGGAUAGUUUGAUGGGUGGUGGAGACUCAACGGAUAGUUCUAAUCUGCCUUCUGCUUGUGACGCGUGGCAAAACCAUGCUGAUUUUAGUCUCUACGGUCCUGAUCCUUUUGCCACUUGUCCAACUCGACUCAGUGUGGGUUGCUCUUCACCGUCCGAUCUCAACCGAGUCAUUUACACUGAAACCCAGAAAACCCUUGCUAACCCACUUCAAGUCUCGACCUGGUCACCAUCUCCGCCGCCGCCUCCUCCUCCUCCACAAACGGUGGUUAAAGACACCAAACCAGCUAAUCCUUUACCACUCAAAACCGAAGCUGUUGGUGUCUCUUCUAGUUCGCCGGAUAUAGAGUCAGCACCAGCGUUAAAAGCGCUAUUAGAGUGUGCUCGACUCGCCGAGUCAGAACCUGAAAGAGCAGUGAAAUCGCUGAUUAAGCUAAGGGAAUCAGUAUGUGAACAUGGAGAUCCAACUGAAAGAGUGGCUUUUUACUUCACUGAAGCUUUAUACAGCAGGCUUUGUUUACAAGCUGAGAAAAGCUUGGCCAUGUUUGAAACAAGCAGUGAAGAAGACUUCACGCUUUCUUACAAAGCCUUAAACGAUGCUUGUCCUUAUUCUAAGUUUGCUCAUUUAACAGCAAAUCAAGCAAUACUGGAAGCCACGGAGGGAGCAAGCAAGAUUCACAUAGUGGAUUUUGGGAUCGUUCAAGGAGUUCAAUGGGCUGCUCUUUUGCAAGCUUUGGCUACUCGUUCUGCUGGGAGACCACUUAGUAUUCGGAUCUCAGGUAUACCUGCGCCAGUUCUUGGUAAAUCUCCUGCUGCUUCUUUGCUUGCUACUGGUAAUAGACUUGGUGAUUUUGCGAAGCUUCUCGAUUUGAACUUCGAAUUUGUGCCUAUUCUCACUCCAAUCCAGGAGUUGAAUGAAUCGAAUUUCCGGGUUGAUCCGGAUGAGGUUUUAGCUGUCAAUUUCAUGCUUCAAUUGUAUAAUUUAUUAGAUGAGACUUAUGGUGCUGUAGAGACUGCUCUAAAGAUGGCUAAAUCGUUGAAUCCUGAGAUUGUUACUUUGGGAGAGUAUGAAGCGAGCUUGAAUCAGAUUGGAUACGAGAACAGAUUCAAGAACGCUUUAAGAUACUAUUCGGCCGUGUUUGAGUCUCUUGAACCAAACCUAAGCAGAGACUCAACAGAGAGACUACAAGUUGAGAGAUUGUUACUGGGUCGAAGAAUUGCUGGUGCUGUUGGGCCAGAGGAAGCAGGAACAAGAAGAGAACGCAUUGAAGAUAAAGAGCAGUGGAGAAUUUUAAUGGAAAGUUGUGGUUUUGAAUCAGUUGCACUUAGCCAUUAUGCGAUGAGCCAGGCCAAGAUACUCUUGUGGAACUACAAUUACAGUUCUUUGUAUUCUCUCGUUGAAUCUCAACCUGGGUUUCUUUCUCUAGCGUGGAAUGAGGUUCCUCUUCUCACUGUUUCUUCAUGGCGUUGAUGAUGAUCAUUGAUGGGUAUUAGUUUCCACCUGGUAAUUUUUCUCUGGUGUGGAACAAAUUAGUGUCGGAUGCUUCUUGAAAAUCUUGACCAGAUAUGAAAUCAGCCAUGGGGGUAGUUAUAGUCAUAUUUAAUUACCAUUAUUAUGAUUUUAGAACUGUAUUCAAGUGUUAAGCUUUUCUUGGUUCAAAUUAAUCAUCUAGUCUUAGUUUUUGAGUGUCUUUAGUAUAUGGUGUUCUUCAGUUGCUUUUGUUUUUGGUUCUGAAACAUGAGUGAGAUAAAAUUGUAAAAAAACCAGAACAGGGAAAUGAAGUUCCGAGGAGACAGCAAAGGGUUUCUUUCCCUCUAGUGCUUGUAACUCUGUACAUAAAUUUGAAUGUUUUAUUUUUCUUUUA